AAUUUGUCCAAUUUGAAGCUCUCAAAGGAAACGGAGAAACGCCCUGCAAAAUUUGCCCAAUUAGCUCUUCUAUUCUCUUCUAGGGCACUUUUUGUCUUCCUUCUGUCAAAUUCCAAAGCUUCUUCGACCUCCGAAUUUCCAUCGAAAUCCGUUUUCCGUGGAAUUUCACUGCUUUUUUCGAGACGGAAAUGGUGUUCCUUCGAUGGAACAGGUCGCGAGCUUAGGGUUUCCGUUACUGGUGGAGUCUCUGCGAGGUUUUAGGGUUUGAAAGGAGGUGUUUUCAUGGCGGCGGCGAACCCGCAGCCUUUGCAAGCGCGACCGUUCGAGGACGACCAUAUGCACAGGCCGAUUCCGGUUGACGACGAGGACGACGACGAGUACGACGAUGGAAGCGGAGGCGGCUGUGGAAAUGAUGGUGAUGAUGCUAUGGAGGAUUUGGAAGAGACGAAUGUGAAUUCGGUGAGCGUUGCUGAACAUGGAGGUGUGGUUAUGGCAUCGAGGACUAGCGAGCUCACUCUCUCUUUUGAGGGCGAGGUCUACGUUUUCCCUGCUGUUACACCUGAAAAAGUGCAAGCAGUGCUCUUGCUACUAGGAGGGCGUGAUGUACCAACUGGUAUACCUACCAUUGAUGUGCCCUAUAAUCAGAAUAACAGGGGUGUAGGUGACAGUACAAAGCGAUCAAAUCUUUCACGAAGAAUAGCUUCCCUUGUUAGGUUCCGUGAAAAACGGAAGGAGAGAUGUUUUGACAAGAAAAUUAGGUACACCGUACGUAAGGAGGUUGCACAGAGGAUGCACCGUAAGAAUGGGCAGUUUGCAUCCUUAAAAGAAAGUUCUGGUCCUUCAGGCUGGGAUUUGUCGCAAAGUGUUGAUGGCACUAAUCGUCCUGAAACUGUUUUGCGGAGAUGUCAACACUGUGGGGUUAGUGAAAAUAAUACACCUGCAAUGCGUCGUGGGCCAGCUGGACCAAGAACUUUGUGCAAUGCAUGUGGUCUUAUGUGGGCAAAUAAGGGAACAUUGAGAGAUCUCAGAAAGGGAGGAAGAAACCUUUCCGUGGAUCAUAUAGAAACUGAAACACCAAUUGAGAUCAAGCCUUUGAUUGUGGAAGGAGAAAUCUCAGGCAACCAGGAUGAGCAUGGAACUUCUGAAGAUCCUUCUAAGACAGUUACUGAAGGAUCCAAUGAUCCUUCUGUGAACCCUGGCAAAGAAGAUUUACAUGGAGCUAAUGAAGAUCUUGCAAGCACUUUGCCCAUAGGAAUUGUCCAUUCUUCAGCCAAUGCAGACGAGCAGGAGCCUUUGCCUGAGCUUUCUAAUCCGUCAGAUACGGACAUAGACAUUCCAACUAACUUCGAUUAGAAGCAAAAGGAUCAAAGUUAACUAGCCUUUCAAAGUACAAGGCAAAAUUUGGGGCCGGAGUUCUUAUUACCAGAAACCGACAUGUCUGAUCCCAAGCGCUAGUAUCUUAUCAUUGCGCAAGCUGUAGAGCUUCCUCUGGUUGACAUUAGAGUAUGUUGAUGGCGAUAGAUAAUGGGUAUCCAUCUUGUAUGUUGUGUAAGUUUGUUAGGACUAUGAGUUAUACGCGAGUGCUUACCUUUACUCAUUCUCAAAUGUGUAAUUUUUUCAUAGGGUUGUCUGAUUGCAUUUUCAUUUUUAUUCACCAGUGCCUCUUACGAAUUAUGUAGCGGUAGUUGGUCACAAAUGACAUCGUAUGAUUGUCAUGGGCAGGGUCCUUUUAAUUGUUGGCUAAUGUAUGUAGUAAGUCCAACAUUUCACACUUACGGGUAUGGUUAAUAAGAAUCUCUCCACUUUUAUUUAUAGGAAAAAA